AUGAGACUUCUAAAAUUCCCGUGGUUAACCCAUGUUGAAGAAUCGAGGAAUUAUGAAGUCUAUACAGUAGAUAUAAGUCCCGAUGGAAAAAAAAUAGCAACAGGUGGGCUAGAUGGGAAGAUUCGAAUUUGGUCUCUUGAUAAUAUCAAAAAAGUAAGUCAUGCAUUGAAAUCUAUUGAACAACAGGUCGAUCCCGAUUGGAAAACACCGCUGUGUAGUAUGAAUAGACAUGCUGGGUCUGUUACUUGUGUGAAAUUCUCUCCAGACGGGAAAUAUCUGGCCAGUGGAUCAGAUGACAGAAUCUUAUUGAUUUGGACCCUGGAUGAAGAUCAUCAACAACAUCAAACAGGAGGAAUGUCAUUAUUUGGUAACGAAAAGGAAAAGGAAAGGUGGAACGUUAGGAAAAGAUUGGUUGCACAUGAUAACGAUAUUCAAGAUAUAGCGUGGGCGCCAGAUUCAAGUAUUUUGGUCACUGUAGGCCUAGAUAGAUCAGUUAUUGUAUGGAAUGGUACUACAUUUGAAAAGGUAAAGCGGUUUGAUGUUCAUCAAUCACAUGUAAAAGGUGUAAUUUUUGAUCCAGCAAAUAAAUAUUUUAUUACAGCAUCUGAUGACAGGACGUUGAAAGUAUUUAGGUAUCACAAAACUUCAGGUGAUAUUUCUUUUACCAUCGAGCACAUUAUUAGUGAUCCAUUUGAAGACUCUCCUUUGACGACCUAUUUUAGAAGGUUAUCGUGGUCCCCUGAUGGACAACAUAUUGCAGCACCAAAUGCAACAAAUGGGCCAGUUAGUGCAGUUGCUAUUAUAGACAGAGGUACUUGGACUUCUAAUAUUAGUUUAAUUGGACAUGAUGCCCCAACUGAGGUAGUACGGUUCAAUCCACGAUUAUUUGAAGUAGAUACUAAGGCAAAUUAUAAGCAAGAAAAUAAUAAUGGAUCAGUUGAAUCAAUUAUUGCUACGGCAGGUCAAGAUAAAAGCGUCGUCAUAUGGAGUACAAGUAAAGUUAGACCUAUCCUUGUGGCUUUUGAAAUUGCCAACAAAUCAAUUACAGAUAUGCAAUGGACUCCCGAUGGUUCUAUGUUGUUUGUUACAUCCCUCGAUUCAUCCGUGUCAAUAUUAGCUUUUGAUGAGAAUGAAUUGGGUGUCGCUGUUCCAUUAGAGAAAAAUUAUGACCAAUUACAUAGAUACGGUGUUGAUAAAGAUUCCUUGGAUUUCCCAGAAAGUAUCCAACAAUUGUUGCUUGAUGAUGUGUCUAUACGGCAAAUAAAACAUCCUAGAUUGAAUGCAUUGGAAGAACGAUUGACUGUGGAAACAACCUCAACGGCUACAAAGGUACAAAAUGAACCAGUCCCAUCGUCGUCACAACGAUUCUUACCGAAUGAAACUAUUAAUAUAUUGAUACCGAAAAGGAAGAAAGAUAUGAAAAUGAACAAGACAAUUAUGAAAGACGGUAAGAAGAGAGUAGCGCCUACUUUGAUGACGGCGCAAGUUCAGCCGCUGUUAACGAAGAAGCUAGUACCUCCCACAAAUCUUCCAACUUCAGGCCUAAUUCAAAAAAAGGUACGAACAAAUCAACUACCAGUAGAGCUUGAGGAUAAACUGAGUAAUACGACCAUACCACUUCCCAGACUAGGUAUUCACUCCUUAAUUAUGGGAGUGAAAGAUCAUGAUACGCAUACAUUUAUAGAUGAGGGUGUGUCAACAGAUGCUGAUGAAGAUGAAGCUACAGAUAUGAUUAGCGAACCGAGAUUGACACUUAACUCAAAAUUAACACGAGGGAAAAUUCUGACAGAUGAACCUACUUUGAGAUAUUUGGAAAAUUCUGGAAUAAUUCCCGAUGUUGAUGCAGUUGUCCUACAAUCCGGUAAUAUGAAUUCAUUUUUUGUUUUAGAAAUAAGAAAUGGCGUGGAAAGAUCUAUUCAAUUCGAUAAGGAUGCGCUACUUGAUAAUCCAACUAGAAUUAUUGGUUACCACCAGGGGAAGAGAUGUUUAGAGGCAUUCUUUCCAGAAGUUGUAAUUACUGCUGUGGGGUCAAUGGAAUGGAGCACCUGGUGCAUUGCUACAGCAGAUGGAUCUUUGUAUUUAUUUGGGUAUAAUGGGCAAUUGCGAACACCGAAACUGAAUGUUGGUCAUAAAAUUGUAAAGAUGAAAUGUCAAGAAAAUUACCUUAUCGUUCUCGUUGAUCGAGGACUUUUUUUCGCAUGGGAUUUGAAGACUUUGAAGUUGAUUUUGAAGGAUAUUCCGAUACUACCGAUUAUAAAUAACAUUCCAAUCAAGGGCAGUAAAGUACGAAUUUCAAGAUCCAUUCAAAGGUUCUUUCUUUCUGUUGAAGGAGAGAAAGAUUUGUCAUUGAUUGUUGAACUAACAGAACCAAGAAGAACUUAUCGCUGGGCCAGUGUGCUUGGUUGCUGGGUUGAUAGCACCGUAAGUAACCUUUCAGUAGCAGAAAAGGCUUAA